AUGAAAUGGCUCUGCAUCCACGGCACAGGGUCCUCAGCUACCAUCUUCCAGGACCAGCUGGCGGCUGUCACCGCCCACUUGCCGCCAUCAAAGCAUGCGUUUCAUUUCAUCGACGGCCCUUUCACGUCCAAACCAGCCGCCGGCCUGGAUCUCCGCUACCCAGACGGCCCCUACUACACAUGGUGGCUAAAGGCAACUGUGUCUGAUAUUCGGGCUGCCUGUCAAGAUUUUCAUAAAUACCUUACCCAACACAACAAUGUCCCAUACGACGGAAUGAUAGAGAAGCCGACCGAGCCAUUGCCUUUCAAAGCCGUCGUAUUUAUUUGCGGCGGACCGGUCUUGUCGGUGUUAGAAACGCUGGGAAUGACCAUUUCUGACGAAGCUCGCGAGUGGGAUAAACGGACCAAGCUAGCUCUGCGCGAACGAGCAUCCAAGGAAGCGAUCCUGAAAUGGGGAAGAGACAGAUGGACCACUCCCGGGGGAAAUGGUGAUACUGACCUCCAUUUGAAUCCGGCGGCCCCAGUUGACCCCUCGGAUAUAUUUGGACUGGAUACUGUCCAGAUGCCCGAGCAGCUGCGGAUAAAAAUCCCAACGCUCCACGUUUAUGGGCGAGUUGAUCCUCGGUUGCCCGCUUCACUGCAAUUAGCUUAUUUGUCUGAGUCUACGAAAAGAUUGACAUAUCAACACGAGGGAGGACAUAAUAUUCCACGGAGCGCUGCGGCUACCGAGGGCAUUGCACGUUUGAUAGAUGAAUGUGCUCAGAUGGUGGCGGGAUUGGAUGUACAAUGA